UGCUGAAAUUUGAGCCAUGAGUCUCCUAAACAGAUGUUCCAUGAAGGACCACCAAGCCAUUGAAGUGCAGUCAGCUGUUGGAGAUUUUCUCCUUCCUCACGAGACUUGGGUGUGCAAUCCAACAGGAAUCUCCAUGAAUACACACUGCUUCCCCACAGAGGAGCUGGCGAGGUCGGUGGUUGGUGAUCGGGGACUGUUGGAUGCGAACACGGAGCGCUUCGAUCUCUCCGAAUGGAUCGACACAGUUGCAAAGCAACUGUCUGAUAACACACCCACUGUACUCCAUGAGAAAGCAUCGGCCACUCAAUCUGAUGCCCUUGCACUCCCAAGCAAUGACUCAUCCACUAUAACUGAGGAUUACAUGCCGAAAAAGCGGAUCCGGAAGCUCUCCGAAGCUCCGGAUCCUCUGGUUCACUGUAAAAAUAUGUCACAGGAUCUCCCGAGAGAGCACACCGAGUCCUCGGAUGAAGGCAUGCUGUUGCUGUCCCACCUCCUCGAGUGUGCAGUGGCGAUCUCAGUCGACGAUUUGGUGACGGCGAAUAGCAUAGCCCUCGAGCUCGGGCAGUCUGCCUCUCCCUACAGACCAUCGUCUGCUGAGAGGGUGGUGGCCUACUUUGCCAGGGCCAUGGCUAGCAGGAUCAUGAACUCAUGGCUAGGGAUCUGCACACCCUUGCACUCAUACAAGGCCACCACGGCUGCCUUCCAAACCUUCCACACAGUAUCACCAUUUGUCAAAUUUGCUUACUUGGCCUCGAACCAGGCAAUCCUGGAGGCCUUCGAGGACCGGGAGCGGGUCCACAUCAUCGAUGUCGAUAUCAUGCAUGGGUCCCAGUGGCCGACGCUGCUCCAUGCUCUCGCCACCAGGGUGCGGGGCCCGCCCCACGUCCGGAUGACCGGGCUGGGGGUGUCCCUAGGCACCCUGGAGGAGACCGGAAAACAGCUUUCUUGCUUUGCGAGGAGGCUCGGCAUGCACUUUGAGUUCCAGCCGGUGGCUAAGAGGUUCUCGGAGGUGGAAAUGAGCGUGCUGCAAGGUAGACGGGCGGAGGCCGUGGCAGUGCACUGGCUUCAACACUCGUCGUACGACGCGAUCGGCUCGGACCACAAAGCUUUGAGCAUGCUGAAAGACUUGGCGCCCAAGGUGGUGACCCUCGCCGAACAAGAAAUGGCUCGAUCGGGUCCCUUCCUGGAGCGGUUCGUCGGGGCCCUACACUACUAUUCAUCCAUGUUUGAUGCCCUAGCCGUGUCGUUGCCCCACGACAAUCCCGACAGACACAGGGUGGAGCACGACCUCCUUUCUCGUGAAGUCACAAAUGUGCUAGCCGUCGGGGGUCCGGCUCGAAGCGGAGAGGUCAAGUUCAGCAGCUGGCGUGCCGAGCUCCUGCGAAAUUGCCAGCAUUUCACACAGGUGCCGCUUAGCAGCAACACAGCCUCACAUGCACAACUGGUGCUCAACAUGUUGCCCUCCUCCCAUGGCUACACUCUCUUUCAGGGGGAUGGAACCCUUAAGCUGGGUUGGAAGGAUACUUCCUUGUACACUGCCUCAGCUUGGACAUCCAAUGCUUGGCACCAUUUCCAUUUUUUGUGAAUGGAUCCAUUCCUCACUCUCUAUUUCUACAAUAUGACAGAGACACAGAGAGA